CAGACCAAAUAUAUUUUUUAAUGCACUUCAUCGUCUGUUUAUGUUUUCAUUUUUGAUUUCGCAAUUGAAUUUUUUCUAACAUUUCGAAUUUCGGCACAUUUAUAAUUUAAGGUGAGAAAGCAAAUGUGUUGGUGCGUUUUGAUGGUCAUAGACUACAGAAACGUGUAAAUAAAAAUAUAUACCUAGAGAAAAUAGAGAAAACAUAUACGAAGUUGACAUGAGCAUGUUAAAAACAAAAAUUUGUUGAAUCAGAAAAUAAAUCGGUGAUUUGUGUACACGCCAACGGAAUACGAAGAAUUAACAAUUGAAAAAUCAGCAUUGAACACAGUCAAAAUGUCGUCUGACGUCGAUGAUGAUCAAGUUCUUCCGGAUUCAUUACAAAAACUGGAAAUUGUUCCCGAUUAUUCUCAUUCACAGUCAGCCUGCAAAGCAAACAACGAACACAACAAUCAGAAUCCCUUCUUUUCGCAAUUGUCUACAGCAAACGAUAUUGACGAACGGAUAACCAAAGAUCUAUUUGGGCCAACAUGUAGCAAUUGUAAAAGCAUAGAUAGUAGUAAAUCGUGUGGUAACAAGAGUUGGCGACAUCGUGGCAGUAAUGUAAGUCAGUGUAUCGAGCAUAAUAUAAACAAGCAGAUUCAUUUCAAACAUCGUGAUAAGGAGAAAUCACAAGUUUUAUCCGAGAAAAAAUUAACGAUUCUACGUGAACCGAUUCUAAAAUCGAUUGGCCGUUCUAUAUAUCACAAUGGUACUCAGAGUAAAUCGUGUUGCGACUCAAAACCGGCCACUGAACAAAAACAAUCGAAAACCAAUGUAAUGGAAAAUGUACGAAAUACAUUGUGGUUCGGUCCAAAAUCAUGUGAUCAAGGUGCAAAUGUGGAGCUCAAAGCAAAUUGUGCUAUUACCAAAUCAAAUCGAACUGAAUUAAGCACAACUAAAUUGGAUGAAUGUCAGCAGGUGUCUGACACAACCGAUACAAACAAUGUGAUGAUGCAUAGAAUACAGAAUUGGCAAUUGAAUGAUAAUUCAAACGUCAUUGAUUUUAAGUCAUUGGUCAACGAAUGCGAUAAUUUGUCGUUGUCCACACCGGAACCAGCCAUCAAUUCAAUUAUCGAACUGCACAAAACAAAAAACUUUCAAGUACUGCAAGCAAAUCAGAUUGAAAAUGAUGCAGCCACUGCAGCCGCCUCGGUUGUUGCUUCAUUAACGAAUGAAACAACAAACGACAGCACAAAUUCAUCGAACAAUCGAAUGAUUGUCGGCGCUGGCAUUAGUGCAAUGAACAACAGUAUGAGCAGCAACAGCAGUAAUUCAUCGUCGUGUUCGCAACAAGCGCGAAUGAACUCAAGUAACUGUGAUGUCACAAUUGACGAAUUGGCGAGCUACAUCGAAUUUCAAUUGCAUCUCCCCAAGCCCAUGUCCACAAAUGUUUACGAAGCAAUGUUUUCAUAGCCACAUUUCGCAAAUGUCAAAUUUUUAAUUUUUAAUUGGCCUAGAGGCAUAUUUAUGUAACUAAAUGUGUAUAUGUGUGUAUAUGGUGUAACUCAAUUCAUUUAUACACGACACUUUUCCUGAUGUGAAUUCAAUUAAUUCAGAAAAGUCGGAAAACAUAGUUUUCCAAUCAUUCAAUUACGCAUUUCGUUCAUUACAUUAAUUUACCUAUUAUUAUUAUCAGAUUGCAUUCUGAUGAUAUCGUAUGAUUUUUAUCCUCAUUCGCGACAACAACUCAAGUUCUAUGCAAAAUAAAACAAACACGUCAUUUUAGGUGCAUCUGAAAAAUUGUGUGUAUGCACUUGCAAAAAUUAGUUUGAAUUGAGUGAAUCAUUGACAUUAAUUUGAUUUGAUUGGUUUAAAUUUUAUUUUCCCAUCAUUAUUAUAAUUAUUACUUUUGUUCUUCUUCUUCUCAUUUGAGAUCAGAAAAGAGGCAUAACAUGGAAUUUUGGAUUUUUUUAUACGCAGCCAAUAUUUACAUAUUUAAAAUAAUGAGAGUAAAAAAUUACACGGAUUUAGAUAUGAAAUUCAUAAUUUAUAGAUAAAUUUGCUCAAUACUGGGCCCGAUAUUUAAUAAGAAAAAUACAACAAAAUACAAAUCAAAGAAACGUUUGUUAAAAUUCGUAUUUAUCAGAAGAAUAAAUUAGCAAAUAAACACAUAUUACGUGAAC